AAUUUAAUAAAUAGUUUACUAAGUGAAAACAAAACUCGUUUAAAUAUUUUAACAACUCGAUCAUCUUUCAAUUUCAAUUCAACCACAGAACUGGCCUGGGAUCAACCUUCUACUAAUUGUCAAGAAUUCAAAAAUUGGACUGAUAAUGAACGAUGGUCAACACAAACGCCAUGGAGUAAAUUGGACACGCUGGCGAUAUCGUUGCUACGCAAAGUAUUAGCUACAAAUCCCACAUAUCGACUGACACUCGACAAAAUCGUCGACCAUAAAUGGUGUAACAUGCAAUUCAAUGAAAAUGAACACUCGCACGAUCUCGUCGACUCGGCGGCCACACUCGACAUCCACUCGCCGAAAGCCAAACGACCGCGCCAACAUUCAAGCAACCAUCGACUCAACAAUCACUUUGUCGACGAUACAAUAUCGCGCAAUUAUUGUUCACAACCCAUGCCCCAGAUACCUAUAGAUCUGACGGAUGUGUGCAGUGCACCUCGUGGCGCCAAACACAACAACGACGCCGCACAUGAAGCACGCUUUAAUUUCUGUUUCUCACAACCUGCCCUGCUGGACGAUCUGUUGGUAUGCACCCAAAUGAAUCAAACACAAUCGGCUUCGCAGAAUGUCUUUCAUCGUUUGGUGCGUCGCAUGACACGCUUCUUUGUUACCACGCGCUGGGAUGCAACCAUCAAGCGGCUGGUGUCGGCCAUCGAACGCUUGGGUUUCGCCUGCAAAGUGGGCGAUGGUGGUGUAGUUACCAUAUCGACAAUUGAUCGGCGGAAACUGCGUCUCGUAUUCAAGGCGUACAUUAUUGAGAUGGACGGGAAGAUUUUGGUGGAUUUCCGUCUAUCGAAAGGCUGUGGUUUAGAAUUCAAGCGCCGCUUUAUUAAAAUUAAGGAAGCGCUGGAGGAUAUCGUGCUGAGAGGACCGACAACGUGGCCCAUUGCGAUUGCAACGAAUGCUGUGCCUUGAAGGAGCUUGUAGCUGGUUGCCUGGCGGAUGAUAAUACAAAAAAUGCGUAGCACGUUUUUUUUUUUUACUUUCUACUGAAGCUGGAAGGAGUAGCAACAACCAUCUUUAAAUUUAAUUUAUUAGUAAUAAUUUUGUACUUUAAUCCAAAGUCAUCUUGCUAUACGAAUGUGUUUACAAAGAAAAUAUGUAUUCUAUAAACGCUUUUUAUUUUAGUGUUAUAGCUGCUUAUCGAUUAUUAUUAUUGUUUUACUAUUCAUAUUUUCAUUAAUCUUCAUAUUUACAUAGUUUUAGUUAAUGACUUAGUUAUAUUCGGGCUGUAUUAAUUUAUUAAAAGAAAAGAGAAAAACGACAAAUGUUUGUAUUUAUACA